AUGGAGUCGGCUCCGGCAGCCCCCGAUCCAGCAGCCAGUGAGCCGGGCAGCAGCGUCUCCGAGGCGGCCGCCGGCGCCAGGGACACCCCGGUGAACCUGGAGCCUGCCCGGAAAAGCGAUGCGCCGGCUCCCGUCCGCAGGCAGAGCUACUCCAGCAGCAGCAGAGGAAGUCGUGGUAUUUCUGUAACAAAGAAGACUCAUACAUCUCAAAUUGAAAUUAUUCCAUGCAAGAUCUGUGGAGACAAAUCAUCAGGAAUCCAUUAUGGUGUCAUUACAUGUGAAGGCUGCAAGGGUUUUUUCAGAAGGAGUCAGCAGAGCAAUGCCACGUACUCGUGUCCUCGGCAGAAGAACUGUCUGAUCGACCGGACCAGUCGGAACCGCUGCCAGCACUGUCGCUUACAGAAAUGCCUUGCUGUGGGGAUGUCUCGGGACGCUGUAAAGUUUGGUCGAAUGUCAAAAAAGCAGAGGGACAGCCUGUACGCCGAGGUGCAGAAACACCGAAUGCAGCAGCAGCAGCGGGAUCACCAGCAGCAGCCAGGAGAGGCAGAACCACUCACACCAACAUACAAUAUCACCACCAAUGGGUUAACAGAGCUACAUGACGACCUCAGUAAUUACAUUGAUGGGCAUACCCCUGAAGGUAGCAAAGCAGACUCUGCAGUUAGCAGCUUCUACUUAGACAUACAGCCUUCUCCAGAUCAGUCGGGUCUUGAUAUUAAUGGAAUCAAACCAGAACCAAUAUGUGACUACACACCAGCAUCGGGCUUCUUCCCUUAUUGUUCUUUUACAAAUGGGGAGACCUCUCCAACUGUGUCCAUGGCAGAAUUAGAGCAUCUUGCACAGAAUAUUUCCAAGUCACACAUGGAAACUUGCCAGUACUUGAGAGAAGAGUUACAGCAGAUAACAUGGCAGACUUUCCUGCAGGAAGAAAUUGAGAACUAUCAGAACAAGCAAAGGGAGGUAAUGUGGCAGUUAUGUGCAGUCAAAAUAACAGAAGCUAUACAGUAUGUAGUGGAAUUUGCCAAACGCAUUGAUGGCUUUAUGGAACUGUGUCAAAACGAUCAAAUUGUGCUUUUAAAAGCAGGGUCUUUAGAGGUUGUGUUCAUCAGAAUGUGCCGUGCCUUUGACUCCCAGAACAACACAGUCUACUUUGAUGGCAAGUAUGCUAGCCCAGAGGUUUUCAAGUCCUUAGGUUGUGAAGACUUCAUUAGCUUUGUGUUUGAAUUUGGAAAAAGUUUAUGUUCUAUGCACCUGACGGAAGAUGAAAUAGCUCUGUUUUCUGCGUUUGUUUUAAUGUCAGCAGAUCGCUCAUGGCUUCAGGAGAAAGUAAAAAUUGAAAAACUCCAGCAGAAGAUCCAGCUAGCACUUCAGCAUGUCCUACAGAAGAACCACCGAGAAGAUGGAAUUCUAACAAAGUUAAUAUGCAAAGUGUCUACUUUAAGAGCACUGUGUGGACGACAUACAGAAAAGCUAAUGGCAUUUAAAGCAAUAUACCCAGACAUUGUGCGACUUCAUUUUCCUCCACUUUACAAGGAGUUGUUCACUUCAGAGUUUGAGCCAGCAAUGCAAAUUGAUGGGUAAACGUAUCACCUAAGCACUUCUAGAAUGUCUGAAGUACAAACAAUAAAACAAAAGAAAGGAGAAAAAAAAAAGGAAAAAAAAAAAGAAAACCAAGACACUUUAUAUGGCCCUGCACAGACCUAGGGAGCCAACACACUGCACAUCUCUUGGUGGUCGGGGUCAGGCGAAGGAUGGGAAACAAUGAAACAAAGUUGAACUUGUUUUUCUCAUGCAUAUGAUUUCCAUUAUGCCUACAAAUA